AUGGCGACAUCUCCCAUCUCUUCCGCGGAUCUGGGAAAUUCAAAAAGAUCAUGGAGCCAAAUUGUGGCUACAGGACAAAAGAUGAAAGUGCCUACCUUGAGUAGACGCUCGGAUACUGAAGGCACGAGGAAAGCUAUCGACACCAAGGUAAUCUAUGAACGCAGCGAUCUAGCUGAACAGCUCCGGAUUCAUAGAGCAGAAUCAAUUCUGCAACAGGCAUUACAUGAUGAUGCAGUCCUGUUUGAGCUUCCAAGGGAUGAACUCAGGGACCACAUAGCAGCAUACCAGCUCAUCCAAGAAACUUGUGGAAGGGUACUUGGAUGUCGAAACAUUGAUAACGGUCGACUACGCCAGCGGUAUUAUUUGAUUGAGGCCACUUUUGCAGCAGUGGAAAGUUACAACCAGGCGGUAACGAGCGGAGUUACC